AUGAUCCAGACUUGGCUCUCCACCAACAUUGACGCCAAUACGGAGAGCUCGGCUGUCGCCAACGUACUCACUUUCAACUUUACUGCUAGCGAAGACGCCGCUGCCGCUGCAGACUCGUCGACGGUCACCGGUCUACUUCUCGCCAUCUCUCAGACGCUCAGCUCGAUUUGUCAAGGCGGUAAUGCUACCAACCAGGUGACCUCAGCCAUCAAGGUGUGCCCGUCGCCGUCGCCCACGCCCUCCACAUCGGUCAGUGCCACGCCCAGCAGGGUCACGCCUUCCGCGACGCCCUCCAUCUCGGUGAGCCCCACGCCAACGAUCUCAGUGAGCCCCACGCCCUCACGGACGGCGAGUCCCACGAUCUCGGUGAGCCCCACGUCCUCGCAGUCGGCAACACCCUCCAUCUCGGUGAGCACCACACCCUCACGGACGGCCACGCCCACGACCUCGAGGACCGCCUCGAUGGUGUCGCCGCUGGCGGCCAACUCGACCUUUGGCAACACGGAGCCCACCAUCGACCUCUCAACCUCAUCUUCCGCGUCCACCGUUGCCAUCAGAUCGAGCCUGGAGGCCAUCCAGGUGGGCAACACAACCUUUUCCGGCAUCACUUGGGCGGUCAGCAGCGCCAUCAACAGCACCAUAAGGACCGAGAGAAUGUAUGAGGCCCAGCUGGACGCUUACACCAAUGCCACGCAGGUGUUCUCAUUCAAUGCCAAUAAUGCAUCGACGGCCAGCUUCUCCGGACGCGACUUCGUCAUCGCCGCGGGCUCCGUCAAGUGGUCGGUCAACUUCAGCUCGGCCACCAACGCCAGCGCCAUACAGGGUGUCACCCUGCGCUACCGCCUGUCCGACAUCGGUCCUGGGUCUCCGCCACCAUCGUCGUACAGGGCCAAACGAAGCCAGCAGCUGACAGUAAUCGAGCGUGCCGAGAACACGCCACGAGCCAACAUGACCUCGUACUACCUGGCCGUGCCCGCCUCCGACGCCCCAACAGCGUCUGCGGAGGUAGUGGUAAUGGUGGUCGAGAUGUUCGACGUGGCCCUGGUCGACGACACAGCCUUCACGCCGAUCGCGCACGCAGUCGACGUGGUGAGCGACAGCCACUACGAGCUCGAGCUGGUCUUCCCAGCCUUCAACCGGUCCCUCUACUACGACCCAAGCCUCGGGCUGGGCGUGUUGCUGGGCUCAUCAGGCGGUCGCGGCGAUGACUUUGGAGGUGGCGGAGAGGACUUGGGCCUGAUAGUUGGCGUGGCUGUGGGCGUGGGGGUGGCCGGCGUGUUGGUGGUGAGCGUGAUCGUGGCGGGCGUGGUGGUGGCUGUGCGACAGAAGAAAAGGAGGCAGCCGCUUUCAUCGGUGGUCAACUUCCAAGGUGGCGAAGUUGAUUCAGGCUUGUAA